UCUGCCACUCUCGCUCCGGGAUCCCCGCGCUAGAGACGCAGGAGUGCUUCCACCGCACACACCCACCGCGCCCUUGCUCGCCUCUCCUCCCAGAGUCAGUCUGUACCGUCGCAGCCGCCCAGCCCACUGCCACCCUCUGCAGCCAUGUCCUCCAGGUCCGUGUCUUCAUCCUCCUACCGCCGGAUGUUCGGCGGCCCCGGCACCGCUAGCCGGCCCAGCUCCAACCGGAGCUACGUGACCACGUCCACCCGCACCUACAGCCUGGGCAGCGCGCUGCGCCCCAGCACCAGCCGCAGCCUCUAUGCCUCGUCCCCGGGUGGCGUGUUCGCCACGCGCUCCUCGGCCGUCCGCCUGCGGAGCAGUGUGCCCGGUGUGCGGCUGCUGCAGGACUCCGUGGACUUCUCGCUGGCCGACGCCAUCAACACUGAGUUCAAGAAUACCCGUACCAAUGAGAAAGUAGAGCUGCAGGAGCUCAAUGACCGAUUCGCCAACUACAUCGACAAGGUGCGUUUCCUGGAGCAGCAGAACAAGAUCCUGCUGGCCGAGCUCGAGCAGCUCAAGGGCCAGGGUAAGUCACGCCUGGGGGACCUCUACGAGGAGGAGAUGCGGGAGUUGCGUCGGCAGGUGGAUCAGCUCACCAACGACAAGGCCCGCGUCGAGGUGGAGCGCGACAACCUGGCCGAGGACAUCACGCGUCUCCGGGAGAAGUUGCAGGAGGAGAUGCUGCAGAGAGAGGAAGCCGAAGGCACCCUGCAAUCUUUCAGACAGGAUGUUGACAACGCUUCUUUGGCACGUCUCGACCUUGAGCGUAAAGUGGAAUCCUUGCAAGAAGAGAUUGCCUUUUUGAAGAAACUGCACGAUGAGGAAAUCCAGGAGCUGCAGGCCCAGAUUCAAGAACAGCAUGUCCAAGUUGAUGUGGAUGUUUCUAAGCCCGACCUCACGGCCGCCCUGCGUGACGUACGUCAGCAGUAUGAAAGUGUGGCUGCCAAGAAUCUUCAGGAGGCUGAAGAAUGGUACAAGUCUAAGUUUGCUGAUCUUUCUGAGGCUGCUAACCGGAACAAUGAUGCCCUGCGCCAGGCGAAGCAGGAGUCUAACGAGUACCGGAGACAGGUCCAGUCCCUCACCUGUGAAGUGGAUGCUCUUAAAGGAACUAACGAAUCUCUGGAGCGCCAGAUGCGUGAAAUGGAGGAGAACUUUGCUGUUGAAGCUGCUAACUACCAAGACACUAUUGGCCGUCUGCAGGAUGAGAUUCAGAACAUGAAGGAAGAAAUGGCUCGUCACCUUCGUGAAUACCAAGAUCUGCUGAAUGUUAAGAUGGCCCUUGACAUUGAGAUUGCCACCUACAGGAAGCUGCUGGAAGGCGAGGAGAGCAGGAUUUCUCUGCCUCUUCCAAACUUUUCUUCCCUGAAUCUGCGGGAAACCAAUCUGGAUUCACUCCCUCUGGUUGACACCCACUCAAAAAGGACACUGCUGAUUAAGACAGUUGAAACUAGAGAUGGACAGGUUAUCAACGAAACUUCUCAGCAUCAUGAAGACCUUGAGUGAAAAUUGGGCACACUCGGUGUAGCAAUAUAUUACCAGCAAGAGUAAAAACGAAAUCCAUAUCUUAAAGAAACAGCUUUCAAGUGCCUUUCUGCAGUUUUUCAGGAGCGCAAGAUAGAUUUGGAAUAGGAAUAAGCUCUAGUUCUUAAAAACCAACACUCCUAAAAGAGUUAGAAAAAAGUUUACAACGUAAUCUAGUUUACGAAGAAGUCUUGUGCUAAAAUACUUUUGUAAAAGUAUUUUUGAAUACCAUUAAAACUGCUUUUUUCCAGCAAAUAUCUGACCAACUUGUUUCUGCUUCAAUAAAUCUUUGAAAAAACUC